UAUUGAAUGUACAAGCUAAUGUAGUUUGUUUUGAUUAAAAAUCGUUUGAUUUUAUUUUUAUUCUAUGGUUAAAUGUGCCUUUAAAAUAUUGCGAAUAUAAAUUUCAACAAAAACAGUAUAAAAAAUGAAUGAGUCAGUGAAUUUACUUGAGUUUUCAACAACUGAACCGGUUAUGGCAAAGACAAAUGUUGACGGGAACAAAAAAACAAUUGGAAAUGUGUUGCGGUCCAUAGAUGACUCGAUCGAUGUUAAUUCCGGCAAUGAACUAUUGACAAAUGUAAAGAAAAACGAUUCAUAUCGAGUUAUUCCAUUUUUCUAUCAUAAAUUACCGAAGAGUACGGAUAUUUUGGCGCAAAAAUUACGUGAAGAGGCUCGCACAUUAUUCUUACAAAAACGCAGCAAAGAACUGCUCGACAAUAAUGAAUUGAAAACAUUAUGGAACAUUUUGCAAAAGAAUUACACACAACCAAACAUAAACAAUGAACAAUUCAUUAGUUACGAUGAUUAUUUACGUGUGGUUAAAAUUGCCGGUGAAAAAUUUAAAAUUUAUUUGACAUCAUCGUUGUUUCUGCGUUUACAAUCCAUUAGCGGUUAUCCGGGUCAUGUUAAUAUUAUGUCACUUUUCAAUUAUACAAUGCGAAAAGUUUGGCUGCAACAGACGCGUAUCGGUUUAUCAUUAUACGAUUAUACUGGACAGGGAUUUUUAAGAGAAUCGGAUCUGGAAUCGUAUAUUUUGGAAUUGAUUCCAACUUUGCCGCAACUAGAAGGUUUAGAAAAAUCAUUUCAUAGUUUUUACGUGUGUACAGCUGUUCGAAAGUUUUUCUUCUUCCUGGAUUCACUGCGAACAGGCCGGAUUCGUAUUCGUGAUGUGUUGGCAUGCAGUUUUCUUGAAGAUUUGCUCGAGUUGCGCGAUGAAGAAACACCAAAAGAUGCUCAAGAAACGAAUUGGUUUUCAGCACCGUCUGCGCUCAGUAUUUACGGUCAUUACUUGAAUUUGGAUAAAGAUCACAAUGGUAUGCUAAGCAAACAAGAGCUCGGCGGCUAUGGAUCGGGCACACUGACAACAGUAUUCUUAGAUCGUUUAUUUGCUGAAUGUAUUACAUACGAUGGCGAAAUGGACUAUAAAACCUAUUUGGAUUUUGUGCUAGCGUUGGAAAAUCGACAAGAGCCACAGAGCUUGCAAUAUUUAUUUCGAAUUCUUGAUUUCGAUCAUCAGGGAUACUUGACAUCAUUUACGUUGAACUACUUUUUUAAAGGUAUACAGGAGCAAAUUGAAGCGCUUCGUGCUGAACCGGUCAAUUUUGACGAUGUAAAAGAUGAAAUAUUCGAUAUGAUUAAGCCGAAAGAUCCAACAAAAAUCACAUUAAAAGAUAUUAUUGAUAGUGGUCAAGGCGAAACAAUGGUGUCCAUUCUUAUCGAAUUCCAUAAAUUCUGGGCAUAUGAGAAUCGCGAAGCAAUGGUUGUUGAUUCAAACAUUGAAGAACACCAAUCGAUACUUUGAAGUGUAAACGUGAUUUUGUCACGAUUUUUGUUCGCGACUUUUCACACAUUAUAAAUUAAGUUGUCAAUUGUGUUGAUUAAGAAAAAGAAAACAAAGCACAAAAAACACCGCAAAA